CAUAGAUUGACGUCUGAAGCCACCAAUAAUGUUUGCGAAAAAGAAUAAUAUUUAUCUCUCACUUGAUGUCGACUGUUUUGUCAGAUGACCUAAAGAAGCAUUAUAACAUGGUGUGGGAAAUUAAGAGUCCUCUGAGCAGCAGCAGUAGUAUGUUGGAUAUCCCAGGGCCAGGGCCAGAGGCAGGUAGAGACCAGGGAUUGGUCCUGCUCCAGUGUGAAGAACAGCUGCCCUCCUCCCCCGGAUUCCCCACCAGUGACAGCCACAUGGAAUACGAUGACCUCCCGGAGCUGGAGGAGGUGGAGGAGGACCAGACAGCCCCCACCGUGUUUCAAGUAGGGGCAGGGGUGUCCCAUCAGGAACGUGACGGACACACACAGACUCAUACGGCCGGGCCCCUGGACACACACUGGCUCACACAGCUAGCUCACAUCGCCACAGGCCCCCAGAGUCCCCUGCUACAGGGUUCCACUCAGAUCGUUAGGUCAACUCCCGUCCACAUAUUUGGCACCAGUAGCAACCUCCAUUCCUACGCACGGCCUCCCCACACCCGGCCUCCCCUGACCUCCAGCAGCCUGCCCUCUAGAGGCCAACACAGGGAGCGCAGCAGGCGAGUCAGGGUCAGUAGUGAGUGUGAGUCUGCUGUGUCCUGUCACUCCUCUGUGUCUGAUGACGAGGACGUGGGCUGGAGCCACUCCUGGCCACCUACUGCUUGGCACUGCUUCCUCAAAGGCACUCGUCUGCGGUUCCAUAAGGGUUCUAGUGUGGAGUGGCAGGAUGCUGAGGAACUGGUGUCAGACGAAGACUCAGAUGAUGAGGCAGAGGCUAUAACCCGCCCCCUGAAGGGCUAUGGUCGUGAGGGCCUGAAGCUGGUGUCCCACACAGAGAGCCGGGCGUUCGGCCAGUCCGUCCUCAAGCUGACCUUUGACCCAGGUGCCUGUGGGGAGUUUCUUCUGUCCUCUGAGUGUCAGCUGGACCACCCGUUCUACGUCAGAAACAAAGGCUGGUCGUCGUUCUACCCCAGUCUGACCGUGGUGCAGUAUGGGAUCCCGUGCUAUGAGGUGAUGGUGGGAGACGUGUGUCUGCCUCCUGGACACAGAGAUGCCGUCCACACUGAUGACUCCCUGGUGUUCGACACGUUCAGGAGUUAUGACUUCACUCCCCUGGACUCGUCGGCGGUGUACGUUCUGAGCAGCAUGGCCCGGCAGCGUAGGGCCUCCCAGUCCGGCGGGGGCGCCGUCAGCCCCGACCAAGACACACACCGCAACAAGCCAAUUAAGAUCCAGCAGGACUCGGGAGCAGCCGGCGGGGCUUCGCCCACAAAGUGCAAGCGGCCAAUGAAUGCAUUCAUGCUAUUCGCAAAGAAGUUCAGGUUGGAGUACACCCAGAUGUACCCUGGGAAGGACAACAGAGCGAUCAGUGUGAUCCUGGGAGAGAAGUGGAAGAAGAUGAGAGGAGAGGAGAGGAGGAUGUACACCAUGGAGGCCAAGGCUCUGGCUGACGAGCAGAAGAGACUCAACCCUGACUGCUGGAAACGCAAGAGAACCAACUCAGGUUCCCAGGGGAACUAAGAGGCGCAGACACACGAGAGAGGGAUGAGGCAGAUGACAGGAGAAAAGAGAGGGAGGCGAUGGAGGGGAGGGCAAACCGAGAAGAGGGGUGUAUGGGGGGAGGCAGUACAUGCUCAAACCAGCUACCACUCCUGAGCUGAGGAAGACACGCGCGCACACACACACACACACACACACUUUAGAGCCAGCUACACUUCCUGUGACGUUACUCUACUGUGAUUCGGGGUAUGCUUGCUUUCUAAACAAAUAGAGAUUUAUGUAAGAAGAAAAAAUAUAUAUAUAGAUAUAUACAGUAUAUAUAAUAUACUAACUGUGCUUGAAUAUAAGAUAUUUUUUUAAUGUCCGACUUGCCUUAAUCUUCCAAAGCAAGAUUGUAUUCUUUUUAAAUAAUUUUGAUUAAUUUCAGGUCAUUUCAUACCUUAUAGCUUGAAAAACAUGAGCCCGUGUGGUGCUGUAGAGUAGAAAAGGGGGAGGUGAAAACUAAACGUCUAUUUUUCAACCAGAGAUCUGUCUAGGGAAUUUAAAAAAUGCUUCCGAUUAUUCUUAUGCCUAUAUUUGUAUAACUCGAUAUAUUAUUGCACAAAAAAAAAUCUGAUUUAGACUUUGUACAUAUAUACAGGGGAAGGGAGGGAGGGGUGGGAUAUAUGUGCUUAACCUUGAUUCUUCCUGUAUUCCAAAUGGACACCUACCCCUUAGGCACUUAAAAACUAUCUUUUGGUAUUUGUUACAUUAGUCCAUAUUGUUGAUAGCAAAAUGUUUGCAUGUCAGCAGCUUUCAAUAUAUUUGACUUUCAAGAAGCAAAGUGUCACUUGCCACAUCAUAGUUUUUGAUUGGACGUUUCCUUUAAAGUAGAUCGUAUUUAUUCAUCACGUAUCUACAAUAGUGUCUAGUGGGUAGGGGUUGGUUUGGAACUGGGCAUAUUUUACCCGGGUCAAGUGCACUGGGUGUGUGACAAACGAACAGGCCAUGUAAUAAUAAUGAUGUGUUAUAUUAUAAUGAUGUUAACAUACCUGUGGGACGGACAUGCAUAUUCUCACGGCAAUUAUGCACUACAUACACUUUAUGUAUAUGUGUUGUCUACAUCUACAUGUAUAUGUAAGGUAUAAUUCAACUAUAGCUAUAUGCAAGUAUAGUUUCUGACUCAAUCUCAGUUUAACGAUCAAGAUUGUGAAAUUGAUUUGAUUAGGUUAUUUAUUUCUCUUCAUCAACAAUGUACAGGUCCUCCUCAAACUUUUACCCACAAUGCUCUUGUAUUAUAGUAUAAAUAAAAGCAUGGAUCUGCUCAAAUGUA